AUGGACAGAAAGACUCUUGAGCCUGAACAAAAAGGCAUACUUGUAAACAAUCCAGGUGGUGAACAUGCUCUCUAUUUAUCUUAUAUAUGCGAAGAUCUUCGUCAAUUUGGUGAUUAUUCACUUGUAACAAAACGCCUUGCAAAAUAUCCGCAAAGAAUUGAAGACCUACUUAAUCUAUUACUAAAUGAAGUCUAUACAGUUGUUGAUAGUAAACCACUUGUUGAUGCUUUUUUCAAAUUAUUAAUCAUAUCAAAUGUUGGCAUACUUGAAUCUGAUAUAGUGAAUAUGCUUCAACAGUAUAUGAAUAAAACUAGCGGUGAAAAGGAUAAAACUCUGAUCGAUCGAAUGAUAUGGUCAACAUUACGACGCCAGUUGAAAACAUUUCUUGAUACAACAUGGAUACAUGGCCAUCAGCUUAUUAUUUAUCGACAUGCAUCACUUGAACAGAUUUUACAAAAACGUUGUUUCAAAGAAAAUACAGAUGAAUUACGUUCGCUGCAUGGUUUCAUGGCUGAUUUUUAUUUAAAAAAUCAAACGAUUAAAGAUUUUGCUGCUCGUCGUGUACCAUAUCAUUAUGAAAAAGCACAGAUGUACAGCGAACUAGUUAAAUAUUUACGUUCAUCACAAUCACGUGGUGUUGAUCGAAUGGACCGAUAUGCAUAUUUACGCAGACGUCGUUGUACUAGGAUGUUGCCUUUUACCGACGAUAUGCUUAAUCAACGUGCUUAUUUAUGUAAUGUUUGUGCCAUGCAAUUUAAAUUAGGGCCAUUUACAAUGGCUAAAAGUUCAUGUUUAAUCUGUACAAACAUGAUUAUGGGAGGAAAUCUGUCGCAAGGAAAUCCUUUUAAGCGUGAAGCUCGUCUUUGUCAAAAACAUGGUUCAGGUGGUUAUCCGCAUUCCAUUCAAUGUGUUGUUUGUAGACAGCCUCGACCAAAACCAACAGGAACAGGAACAGCAUCAGGAUUCACUGAUUCUGUGGCAUUAAAUAUCUGCUUUGAUUGUUGGAUCUCAGGUGGAGCAGCAAGACCGCGCUGUUGCGGAAUGGAACUUGAAUAA